CACACCUUGAUGUUUGACACGGGCUUUUAGAUUUACACAAUUACAUGAACAAGAAGAAAAACCUAAAUUUUGUGGUAAUUGUAAUAUAACAUUAUUUUUACGGACAGAGAGCGCACUCAGUUAGUUAAGCAGCUGUUCCUGCAAACAAUUUCAAUUGCUAUGUGAUAUCGCCUAUGAAUUUAUGAUACAGCUCGUUGGGCAACUAGUAUAAUAUUGUGCCGUUAAUUAUAAUAUUAUUAUUAACCAUUAAAAGAUCUUUAUUAAAUGAAAAAAUUCAAAAUAUACUAAACACUAAUCAAUUAUAUAGUAUUUGGUAUAUUAAAGUCUAUUAAUUGUUGCCGUUGCCCGUUACUCUUUAAUGUAUUAAAAAAACGUUCGCAUUCGCUAUGUAAUGAUUUAAUAACAAACAACUUAUCGAGAAGGUACCUAUUUAUACAUAUUAUUACUUACCUAAGUUAGGUACCAGUUACCAUGAAUAUUUGAUGUUCGGAAAUAUAGGUACCACGGACUAAUGUAUAAGUAUAAACUAGUCCGUGAUUGGUACAUACAACAUACCAUAGACCUAUUAACCUAUUAAUAGGUCUAUGCAGCAUACCUACAACUAUAGGUAUGGUGUUGAUUCGUUUUAUAAUAUUACCACAGAUUAUGAACUACCCACCUAUGUAUUAUGCUACAAGAUACUUUGAUUAGUUUUCAAUGCAUUAUAUUUAUAAACAUUUUAAACAGUUAAUUAUUAUUUUAUAGCAUUAGUUUGAUGAGUAAUAACUUUUUUUUAUUUAUGAAUAAUUACAUAAUUUAUAAAAUAGAAAUGUUUACAAUGAACAUCAUGGGUGAUGAUUUAGGAGACCCUUAGAUGGACCAGGACGUGCACACUUGGUUAAGGGAACCAUUCCGUUAUUGGAAUUAUGGACUUAUUAUUACAUUUUAGAAUAGACAAGUUUACUAAAAAUCAAUCAAUUUUUAUUCAAACAUUUAAAUAAUUGAACAUAAAAACAUCUAAAUAAGAAGUUAAUUAUGUUGUAUUAUUUUUUAGAAUUUGAAUUUUAAGUAGGUGGUUACUAUAAGGUUAGGUUAGAUUCAAAUUAAUAUUAACUGGUUAGGUAUACCUUUCUUAAAAUAUAAACUAUUAAUAAUAAAAAAAUAUUUAAAUACACAUUAAAAAUAAUUGUUGGUAUACAUUCAUAAUAUUUUUAAUUUAUAUAGUUUUUAUUUCCUUUAUCAAUAAUUGGUCUUGACAUUUUUUUUUUUCAGAAAUGGAAUUUAUAGCCAAAAUAUUUAAAAAAGAAUCUAAAAGAGAAAUUGAUUUUGAGGAUCUACAGAAUGUUCUUACACGUACACAGCCACCAAUUAAAAAAUUAAAAAUUUCAACAUGUGAUUAUUCUGAAGUUUAUCCAAGGAUUUAUGUUGGAGAUUGGUAAGUGUAAAUAUGAAUAAAAUGUAUUUCAAAAUAUUGUUUCUAAAAUUCUACUAUUUUACAGGAAUACUGCACAAAAUCUUAACUUAUUACUGUCAUUGGGUAUCACACAUGUGGUAAAUGCUGCUGAAGGUAAUGGAUUUGACUUGGUUAAGACAAAUGAAGAAUUUUACCGUCCAGUUAAUAUUGCAUACAUGGGGUUAUCUCUAAGUGAUGAUCCUGAUGUUGCAAUAAAUGAAUAUUUUGAUAGUGUGUCUAAUUUUAUAGAUGAUGCAUUAUUACAGAAAGGUAUGUUUUAAACAUUUUGUUACACAGGUAAAUUUUAUUUUAACCUGGACAAAUAUUGUUAUAAGUAAUUUAUAUUUAUUAGGUAAAAUUUUGAUUCAUUGCAUUAUGGGUAUUUCAAGAUCAGCAACAAUUGCAAUUGCGUAUUUAAUGAUCAAAAAACGAUUAAGAGCUAAAGAUGCAGUAGAAAAGGUAAAAAAAGCAAGAUAUAUACAACCUAAUGAUGGAUUUCUUAAACAACUAGCUCAACUUGACAAUGACUUAUUUCAUAUAUUGAAUCAUUAACUUUGGUGAUAUAAUUAUCUACAACUAAAUAAAUAAAAUAAAUAAUUGUAUUGAAUUAUUUUUAUGUUAGUCAUCUGAAUCAAUUUUUGCUUGAGUCGUCCGUUUUUUCACUUCACACAUCUAUAUAUUUUAAAAAUAAAUAUUUUGUAUUUAUGCUUUAAUAAUACUUAAGGAUAUUUACCAUUAAAAUAGCAAAUGUUGUACCAAUAAUUGAACCUGCCAAUACAUCAGUGAAAUGAUGCAUGUUAUCAGUAAUUCUAGUCAAUGUUGUGUACCAAGCAGAUGCAAAUAUUGCAAAUUCAAUUAUAACCCAUGCAAUAUUUUUCUUAUAACUGUGUAGAUAUAACUUUUAAAUAUGAAGAAUUAAUACAUUUCUUUGUUAACUACUAUAUUAUGCUUUGCGAAUAUACUUACUAUUAUGUAUACUGUUGAAUAAAAUGCUAAAGAUGCAUGGCCUGAUGGAAAUGAUGCUCUGAAAUUACGGUAUUAUUAAAAUCAUUUUUAAAUUAUUUUAAUAGUUUAAUUUUAAAUGGAUACACAAUUUGAGUAUAUAACCUUAGUAUAUUACCUUGAAUCAUUAACUACAGAUAAUUCCAGAUUUGUGCAUACAUAAUCUGAAAUGUAUUGAUCUUGUGAAGUGCAAUCAAUAUUUGGUUUACAAACAUAAAUGAAGUGAGGUCUUAAACGUCCUGUAUAAUAUUUUCCAAGGUUUACUGUAAUUUGGGUUAAUCCAGAACCCAACCAAAAAUAAAUUAUAUUCACAUAUAAAUUGUUUAUAUUUUUGCAUAUGGUCCAGUAGUAUUUCAAACACAUCUAUAAUUCAAAAUGACUGUUUAAAU